GACUACUGUGUACUAUUUAGAAUUUUUCCAAUCCUCAAGUGUUUCUCUGUUGUGCAGCAAGUUUGGCUAUUUUUACCUUCUAUUUCAUCUAUUUAGUUUCUAACAUGACAGUCCGAGUGUCUCUAUGUGUGUCAGUCCUCUGUGUGCUGUUUCUUAUCUGCUCUGCGGCUGAUGUAGACGAGAAUUGUAGAACCAAGCUCACCAAACUAGACCCACAUCUCUCAGCCUACAUGGGUCAAGUAUUCACUAUAGAGGCCACUCAUGACAAUGACGAACACUACACCUACCUUGUGGGUGUGUGUGUAAAUCCUGAUCCUGUAAACUCAGACUCUGAGUGUGGAAUAGUCCAAUACAAUACUACCAACCCAAGUAAUAGACACUGUGUGGGGAAAGUAAGCACUGCACAAGUCUCCAGAACUGCUGAUGGUGUCUGGAUAGAGCUCACUUAUUCAGGUGGUGACCCCUACCACACUCACUGUAAUGGGGCCGCACGAUCAGCACGUCUUAUCUUCCUCUGCGACCCCCUCAUCAACGGAAUGGGAAAGUUUGACUUCUUAGAGGAGAACAGAGAUGAGAAUGUGUGUUUCUACACCUUCAGUCUUGCGGCCAAGGCUGUGUGUGGUUCCCUCCUCUCAGCAGGUGACAUCAUCCUCAUCUUAUUUGCUUGUCUUGCACUGUUGUGGGCUGCUGCCAUGCUGGGAGGUUGUCUGUUCAAGAGGUUCAUUCAGGGGGCAAAGGGACUAGAGCAAAUACCUCUCCUUGAGUGGUAUCGAGAGUUUGGAAAUCUAGAGGCGGAUGGCUGUGAUCUAGUAUGCAGAUCAAGAAAGAGAUUAGUGCCAGAAUACAGGGAGCCAACAUUUGGAGCUGACACAGAUGAUGAGGAUGAGAAAGAUGACAACCUCCUGCCCAUGUGAACACCAUAGCUACAUAGACCAUGUCUCUAAUAUUGUUGUGUGCAUAAAGUUUUUCACAUUG